UGUUCAUUGUCAGCGUGUGUGAAAAGACAAGAGUGGGUGUGUGGUGGUAUGAUUCAGGCCUAAUUAAGUAGUUGCGUCUGCGCAGGGUUACAAGGAGUAGCUGUUCCAACUGAUAAUCUAGUCAGUAGGCAACUGAGAGGGUUCGCCUCUGACCAAACAGACUGAAGGGAAGCCGUUCGAUACUGGUUCUGCCUCCAACCAUGGCAAAAAUCAUCUUGAGGCACCUCAUUGAGACUCCAGUGCGCUACGAGGAGGAGUUUGAAGCUCGAGGCUUGGAAGAUUGCAGGCUGGAUCAUGCUUUAUACGCACUGCCGGGGCCAACCACUGUGGACCGGAGAAAAGCCAGGGCGGCCCAGGUUCCUCCAGUGGACUCAGAGGCGGAGAUGCUGACCCAAGCAGGCAAAUCCCACUUCCAGAUCCUGCUGGAUGUGGUCCAGUUCCUCCCUGAAGAUAUCAUCAUUCAGACCUUCGAAGGCUGGCUGCUGAUCAAGGCUCAGCACGGAACCAGAAUGGAUGAGCAUGGUUUUAUCUCAAGAAGCUUCACUCGACAGUAUAAACUGCCAGAUGGCAUCGAAACCAAAGAUUUGUCUGCCAUCCUCUGUCACGAUGGAAUUCUGGUGGUGGAAGUAAAGGAUUCGGUUGGGACUCAGUGAAAUCUUUAUUCAUACGGCAAGGAAGAUUAUAGCUCAGCCAACGGUACCACGGGAAUGUUUGUAUUAACCACCUUUGAAAUGAUUUUUACGAAGAUUAAAAAUAGAGACACAGUUCUGGGUA